AUGUGCUACAACUGGUGGAGGACAACGAAACUCGCUUUUCGACCAGCCAUCUCCCAGCGCCGCUUUUUCAGGACUACCAUGUCGUCUCCUAAGCAGCCUACUAAUUAUCGCAUCUCUGUUGGUCAUGAUGGGAAGGCCAACAUGGAUCUCACGUUCGUCUCUGAGGCGCUCGACAUGCCCGCAGAAAGAGGAUACGGCUGGGCACGGUUCGACUUUGGUGACCGCAUUGGACCGAACGAACGCUAUACGAUUAUGCGCAAAUUGGGCUGGGGAAUGCAUUCGAGUACAUGGUUAGCUCGAGAUAGCGUGAAGAAUAAUUUUGUCGCAAUUAAAGCACUUACGGGGUACAUGACGAGCCUCAUACCUACCGGACAAUGUUGGGAGCCAGACGCACUUCGUCUUGUCUCUUCACCGCCACAAUCGCCUUAUUGCCAGCGUUACAUUACCGAAUUUACCGUCCCCGGGCGCGUCGCGACUGACGGAGAUCACCUAUGUAUCGUUACACCCGUGUACGGUGGCGACGUCAAGGCAUUGGUUUACGCAUUAUGCCGGGAGAAACCCAGGGCUUUUCCCCUCCGCCUCGCAAAGCGCAUCAUUCUCCACCUGCUGCGCGGACUCGCACACGCGCACAGCCGCCGGGUCAUCCACACCGAUUUGAAGCAUGACAACAUCUUCUUCACGACUGAGAUGGGAACCGAGGACAUUGAGCGGUGGAUUGCUGAGGACCCUCCUCGUCACCACGACCCGGAAGUGUCGCAGGGCACCAUUAUCCAUACGGCAGUGUCCCAGCCGUUGCCUAUGAUAUCCAUGGAGGAGGCGCUACGUGCUACAUACUUAAUCGGUGAUUUCGGAAUCGCUGUCCAUUCAAAACUACACGCCAACCGCGUUAUAACCGUUCCUCCUCUCCGGCCUCCAGAAAUGUUCCUUGGCGGAGAGUGGGACAAAAGUGCGGACAUCUGGUCGUUUGGGUGUUUGGCCUACGAGCUCAUAAAUGACCGUGUAUUAUUCCGCUACCAGGUUAACAAGAAAUUCAAUCUCCCCGAGACUGAAAACAUGUUGUACCAAAUGAUGUGCUUCACCGGGGAGCCGUUUCGCGCGAAGCAGCUCAACGUCUCUCCGCUCGCGGCAGAAUACUUUAACGAGAGAUGCGAGUUGAAGCUUGAUCCGGAGAUCAUGGACUUAUGCAUUGAGGCGCAAAUGACAGUGUGGAAAGUCGUGCCCGAAAACCUCAUAGACGACACUGGCGCAUUCCUGCGGAGAUGUCUGCAUCUUGAUCCGGACGAGCGGGCGACGGCGGAGGAGUUGUUGAGCGAUCCAUGGCUUGUUGACGCGGAAUAAUAUGCCAUGCGCAGACUGUGGAGAAUACUCCUUUGAUAGAUAGAUAGAUAGAUAGGUAUGUGGAUGAUUGACGAAUUACUGCUCUACUCA